UCUCUCUCUCUCUUAAAUUCAUUGACUUCGUUUCUCUCUCUUAAAAUCCCUUGAAUUAAAACCCAAACUUCCCCUUCCUUCCUCUCUGAAUUUCCAUGGCAGUUGAAGCACGGCGUAUGAAUCAUCUACCGUCUCCGUUCAUCACCAACAAUGGAGAUUUCAUGAAACAGAGUCAAGAAGUUCUUGAUAUCUACAAUUACAAAACGAUGCCGGUGGAAACCGCCGGAUUAUGGCCUUAUGUUGCCGGGAAAUCCGUGCCGGAGAUUGUUAACAAUUUCCCCGCCGAUAGUGGAUUGACUUCCAAUAACUUCCCCGCCGCGCCGGUUCGAAAGCGACAGAGACGGUCGGGAUACGAGGAACCGCCAUGUCCAUUCCCUUGCAGGUUGUCGGAUGAAGAAAUCAUUAACUCCCACGUUCAGCAGCAGCAAUCGGAAAUCGACCGGUUUAUUGCGAUCCAUAGGGAGAAGGUGAGAAUGGCAAUGGAGAUUCGGAAGAAGAGGGAAUCUGGAAUGUUGGUGAGAGCUAUAGAGGAGAGAUUGGUGAAGAAAUUGAAGGAGAAAGACGAGGAGAUUGAAAGAAUGGGGAAAUUGAAUUGGGUAUUGCAAGAGAGAGUGAAACGGCUGUGUAUGGAGAAUCAGCUAUGGCGGGAUUUGGCGGAGACGAAUGAAGCCACCGUCAAUUCUCUCAGAACCAACUUGGAGCGGUUGAUUUCUGCCGCUAAUGACACCGCCGCCGCCGCAAAUGAUGCAGAGUCUAGCUGUGGGAGUAAUAGUGGUUGUGGAAUAACAGAGGAGGAGAGCGGCGGUGGAAGGCGGUGCCGGAAGUGUAUGGCGGGGGAAUCGAGGGUGUUAGUGUUGCCAUGUAGGCAUCUUUGUUUGUGUACAAUGUGUGGGUCCACACUGCAUACUUGCCCUGUAUGUGACUCUGCCAUUAAUGCCAGCGUCCAUGUUAAUUUUUCUUAGAACAAAAAAAAAAAAAAAAAA